GUGUUUGUACAUGUACAUGGUGCUUCUGCCGAUGACGUUCAUGUUAUCACUGCUUAGUGCUAGAUCCGUUAGUGGAACAGAGGAAGAAUAGAUCAAGUCGACGACCAUCACUGACUGUACAGGUGAUUCAGAACUGAAGCUUGCUCCGACUCCGGCGACUGCUCUAGCUUAGCUUGCCUAACUGUAGUACUGACUGUGCUCGGCGCCUCCGACCGAUCCGAGCCCUCACACGCAAGUAACACGUUCACUUAGGGUGGACUGAUGAAGCUGCGGAGUACUGCUGUUGCACCUUUCAAGUCGCCAGGCACUGGAAAAUCAGGCAGCAACACGCUCAGGACCUGGGACGGCCACUACGACGGUGGCGGCAGUGCAUUUGAACAGAUAAGCGGGUUCGAAUGACCCCGUCCUGAUGGACAACCAGCCUACAAGUGUACUAGACGACACGGCACUAGACCGGACUGAUGCCAGCCGUUAUGAUCGCGCUCUUGACGAAACGCCCAUGCCGCACAAAUGGGGCUCGGCUCGGUCCAUUCAAAUAGAAAAAUGGCAACAUGGACGCGGCCGUUCUAGUACGUUCCCGAGCAAAGACAGAGCAUUGGCAUGGGAAGCCCGUUCCGCUAGCAACCGCGAAAAUGUCAGUGUGGAGGACGAAAACAGCCGCCAAGAACUCCUUGAGCGACCGCCUCUUCGGAAUACAGGGGAAGUGUGCGAAGCCGCUGAAUUAUUUGACGAGUCCGAUUUGAUCUUCGACAAUGAAGGUGCUGCUGAGAUGGAUAGCGAUGGGGCUAGUUCUGCUGAUGACUACCCGCUUUCCUGUGUGCAACUGAACCCGACUCCCGACUCUGUGGACUUGAUAGAUGCAACGGAGGUGAAUAUUGAUGAUGCUGUCAGGCCAUCAUCUGCUCCCUCAUGGGCCCGGAGAACAGUUCGAGACGCCUUCGCCACCGACAUCAACUUCUCCUGGCACCGGGUUACCGUUCAGGUACCGGAGCAGCCCAAGAAGAAGGUUCCAGGCAAGACUAUUCUGAACAAUAUUCAUGGUCUGGCAAGGGCUGGGUCGCUUCUGGCAAUCAUGGGAGCAAGUGGUGCUGGCAAGACAACAUUCCUGAACUUACUGACAGACCGUACUGCCAGCGGUCUUCAAGUCAAUGCCGUGCUGGCUAUCAACGACAAUGCCAUCAAGCCAUCGGACGUGCGCAGGAUCUCGUCCUACGUCCAGCAGCAAGACUUGUUCUUCAGCAAUCUGACCGUUCUGGAGCACCUCACUGUUCAGGCUCUUCUGCGUAUGAACAGGAAUCUUACGAGAAAGGCAAGGCUGGCCCGUGUACAUGAAGUACUCCACGAGCUUGGACUGAUGGAUGUGAUCAACUCCUAUAUUGGAAGUGUAUCUGGAGGCACUCGCGGCAUAUCCGGUGGACAGCAGAAGCGGCUAUCAUUUGCUACCGAGGUGCUGACAGACCCGCCUGUGCUGUUUGCCGAUGAGCCCACGACGGGACUGGACAGCUUUGCGUCAGAGAUCGUCGUUCAUCAUCUGAAGCGCAUGGCCAAAAGCGGCCGCACCAUUCUCUGCACGAUUCAUCAGCCACCGACCGAGGUGUUCAACUGCUUUGAUGAUCUGCUCCUGCUCGCAGAAGGACGGACAGCGUAUCUUGGGCCACGCGCUGCUGCUGUUUCAUACUUUUCCAACAUUGGUUACUCGUGUCCGAGUGGUUUCAACCCUGCUGACUUCUACAUCUACACACUGGCCGUGGUGCCCACUGAGCGCGAAGAGUCACUUGCCAAAAUCGAGGAAAUUACCGACAAGUAUCUGGAGGUUGAGAAGAACGAAGGCGUCCAUGAUCGGCCUCUACCAAAGCCUUCAGCGGCACUGACAAGAACCGUACAGGAGUUGGCUGACGAGCAAGGAGAGAGCGUGCUCAACCAGCUAGCCGUGCUUGGCAAGAGAACGUUCCGGCUGACGAUGCGAAGCAUGGUCAUGGUCCAGCUCAACAUCAUGGCAACAUUGGUUGUGGCCAUUGCAAUGGGCCUGUUCUACUUGGACAUAGGAACUGAAGAGAACAUAGUGCGUCGUGUGCAGGGUAUCACCGGCGCCAUCUUCCUACUCAUCUCUGUAGGCGGGUACAACGGUGCUGGUAACAUAGCGCAGGUUGUCCCCGUGGAACACCCCAUAUUCGUAAGAGAGUAUGAAAGUGGAACAUACUCACCUGCCGUCUACUUCAUCUGCAAGUACCUGGCAACACUACCAUUGGUACUGGUUCUUCAACUGGUCGCCUCGGUCAUCACAUAUUUCAUGUUCGGUUUGGUCAGAGAAGCCGGCCGCUAUUUCAUAUUCUACGCAGUCAACGUGAUGGUACUGCUGUGUGCAGAGUCAAUAGGCUACAUCAUUUCGGCCGUGGCUGGUAGCAACUUGUCGGUGGCGUUUGCACUAACACCCGUUGGUAUAGUACCAUUGAUGCUGUUCAGCGGUCUGCUCCUGAAUCUGAAUUCCACGCCCGGCUACGUUGUCUGGUUAGAAGCUCUGUCGUUCAUGCGAUGGGGGUUUGAAGCAGCUAUGAUCAAUGAAUUCCAGCAGGACUUCUUGCAGAACUGUACUGUUCUGAACGCGACCGAGGCAUGUUUCAGCAAUGGAGAUCAGGUCCUGCAGCAUUUCGGCUUCGACACGAGCACAGAUACGAUCGGGAGGAACUUCGGUAUAAUGGCAGCACUUGCCAUUGGCUAUCGCCUUGUGGCUUUCAUCAUCACCAUGAUCUCGCUACGUAUGGGGGUGAAGAGAUGAGGAAGCGCUCCAGGUGUCUGACCUACCUGAGACAUACGUGUGCAUAAAAAUCACCAGUCGAUCAGUCCAUUGGGUUCUCAGAUGCUCCACUGUUCCAUCACCUGAAGAAAUAAAAGAAUGAAUAGAAGUGAUGAAAGCAGUGCCAAAGCUGGCUAUACAGGCAGAAUAUUCUCCUUCUUGUCCACCAUUAUCAUCAUAAUGUUAUUAUGUAGCCAAUAUCUUACUACAGUCUAUGUCUAGACUGCGGAGGCCUGAAUAUGAAGUACUUGAGUGAAACAAUUCAUGCUAAAUGAAUGUGACUUUAGCGGUCUGCAGUCUUUCUUUUUUUGAUUGCGCUUUGAAAAUUUCCAAGAAUUUCACUUGAGUGGCAGUGAUUUUUUUUAACAAUUUUUUAUACAAAUCUGAAGUAUCUGAAAUUUUGAAACAGUCGAUUUUUAAAGAAAGGACCGACGAUUUACAUGUUUCCCGUAGUUUUUCCAGCUCUAACAAGUACUAGUACAGGUGGAAUCCUCAUGAUUCGUCAAUUUGUGAUUGUCUUGUGCUCAUGCCAAAGUGUGACAAGUCUCUACUGGCAGGUAUAGACCGCCAUGAACAUCAAGUACAGUCACUGAAAAUCGAGUUGUCUUCUCUC